UAUACAGAGCGGAACAGUUCUAAGCCUUUCCGUUUCCGGAUAGUUCUGUACCGGGAUCCCUUAUCCGCAAUCGGGACCAUGUUGCGUCUCCUCCUGCUCCCGCUCUUCCUGUUUACCCUGUCCAUGGCCUGCAUGGGUCAGACGUUUCAGUAUUCCAGGGGCUGGACAAAUGGAAAACGAGCUCUUAAUACUGGUUCCCCCCUUCUGAACAACGGGCAUCUUCAUCGGAGCAACGAGCUCAGUUUUUCGGAUCUCUAUGAUUUACAAGAUUGGAGCAGCGAUCGCAGGCUCGAGCGUUGCUUGACGCAGCUCCAGCGGUCUUUGCUAAGUCGUAAUUGUGUUCCAAGAGUGGAGUUAAAUUUAAACCGGAUGGACACCGAUUCUGGGGAUACCAACUCACAUUCCAGACCCAACAACAAUGAAAACGAGAACAUGGUUUAUACGAAUACUAAGCCAAAUCGACGCCAGUCGAAUGAACUUCUCGACGAACUAAAUGUUGCUGCAGUAGGAGGUUCAUCGGAACCAAAUGUAUUUGGGAAACAUUAA